AUGUAUAACAUUGACCAUUACUUUGAUUUUGAUUCUCCUCCAAAAUCAGUCACUAAAUCUAAGAAAAAGAAACAGCAACAACAGCAAAUGCUCCUUUUGCUCUUAUUAGCAGUUGCUGGUGCUUAUUACUUUAUGAUUUAUUUACCUGAGGAAGAAGUUAAAAAAUGGGAGGUAGAAAUUCAAAAGGAGUUAAAUAAAGUAAAGAAAUUAAAACAAGAUGACUAUGAUGAUAUAACUACACUUUUAGGAACCUCUGACAAAAAAUUGAAAGAUAUUACCAGCACCUUAGUGACAAUGUAUCAAGAGGAAGUCAAUUUAUUUCCCAAUGGAGAUAAAAAUCCUAAUUUUCAUUUUUCCCGAACCGCUAGUUUCUACAUUCAUUUCCCACCAUCAUUAAAAGAACAUUAUGAAGCCGGCAAAGAGGCAGGAGAAAUUAAUUUAAGAGGACAAGAUGAUAACCAAAAUAAUGCUCUUUUCUAUGGAAUGACUCGAACUGGAAAAUCGCAAACAGUGAAAAAUCUCUGCUUUGAAUCCAAUAAAUAUCCUUUAGUAGAAAUUAAAGGUAGUUCUUUGACUCCUCGUUUAAAAGUAGCGAUGAAUGUGCUAGAAAAGUUUCAAUAUACCAUUAAUGAGUGUAAUCAAAUCAGUAAUAAUGCGGCAUUUUUUGAAUCAAAUAAGUUGCAAUUCAUAAAAGAAUGCAUUGAAGGAAACAAAUCCAACCAAAUUGAAGAAGCGGUCUAUCAAAAAGAUGCAAUUUUAGAAACCGAGGAAGAUGAAUUGGAUGAUAAUGGAGAAAAAACUGAAAGUGGAAACAUCAAAAACUACAAAGGAGAGUUUGAAUCGCUAAAAGAAGUAAAAGUCGAAGAUGUGUUAGAUAUCCAUUUACCCGAAAUAUCGAAUUUCAUAGCUCAAUCCUCAAAUGAAUUGAACCAAAGUUUAGAAAAUUUACGGCAAGAAAUCGAAGCAGUCAAACAGCAACUACAAACCACCGUUGCUACGGGUGGAACUAACCUAAUUGCGAUGGGAAUAGCAGCAGGAGCUGGCUAUCUUCUCGAUGCUGAUCGUCAACAAAGAGAACAAGAAAAUAAAAAACUAGCCUUAGCUGGUAAAGCCGGAGAAGCGAUAACCAGUCAAGUAAAUGGUCUCCAAAAUGACCGCAAUCGAGUAGUUCAAGAAUCCGAAGAACUAAUCAAAGAGAUGCAAAAACAUAAAGCAAAACUAGAUGACCCCAACGCUACCCCAGAAGAAAAAGAAUUAGCCAAAAAAAUGAUACCCAUUAUCCAAGCCCAAUUAGAUGACAAAGCCCGAAUCAUAACUGACUAUGACAAAAAAAUAGAAGAUUUAUUAAAAAACAUUCCCGGAGUAGAUAACAAAAAAGGAGGAUUGGUUAAUUUAGAAAGCAUGGAUUCUCAAACUAAACUAAUUAUGGGAGCCAUUGUUUUUUUAGUAAUUUACUUCGCUUUUAUUAAAGAAAAAGAUAACUAG